AUGAAAUCCCCAUCUACAUCACCACACCAGGACCACAAGAGACUUAGGUCUCUGGAUGGCGCCCCCAAGAAGAAGAAGCCAAGGAAGAAGAAGACAAAGACCGCUGGACAGGCCACCACUCCUGCACCGCAGGCUGCUGGGUUGAAUGGAAGCAAGGUCCCCGUGACCAAUGCAUCCGUACCCCAACAGAGGCCUCCUGUCCAAGCUGAAGGGUUGAAUGGGACGAAGCCCGCUCUGAGCUUCAAUCCCGUACCCCAUCAGCAGGUCGCGCCCGCAAGCAACAGAGAACAACAGGCUUCACCAAUGCAAGUUGUGGACCCACCUACACCCCAGGCUCAAACCCAGGGGUGGCUUGGUGUGGCGUCCAUACAUGCAGAGGCCUUUGUCUUUAAUGCUCAAGGCACUUCUGGCCCCCCAGCUACUUCUAGUGAUGGUAGCAGCAGCAGCAGCUCCGGCAGCAGCAGCAGCACGCCAGCAUCACCCCAUCAGAAGGCUAGCGUACCACCCUCAGGUGUUGAAUGCGACGCCCAUGAUACUACGAACAAACAACAGCACAACCACUUACAGACCGAUGACGAUGAGGACGACGACAUGGGCGAUAGUCUCGAUCGUCUCUGGACCGCGGCAGAGAGAGAAGAAGCCCAAAGAGAACUAGAACAGAAUGGAGGUGGUGGAGAUAUGGAUCAAUAA